AUGCCGACCGCAAAGAGACUCAAGAAGAGCGGUGCAGCGGCGAAGGCGCAAGCUAGCGCCGCGCCGCCGAAUGCAACAGAUUCCGAAGGCGAGGCCGAAUUCACACAGCUCGCGAAACAGCACUGGCUGAAGGCCACCAAGAAGAACACCAAGGUCAAGGUCAAGAACGACGUUCUGAAGAAGGAAAUAUGGGAUGGCUUGGAGAAGGAUGGCUUUCCAUUCAAAUCGCUGCUGUCAUUAGAAAGCUUGCAAAUCCUGGAGAGCCUUGACUGCGCCAUUGUACGGAAAGAGUGUGCGCCGCUGGUGUCCAUAUCGAUCUGGCAUAACCUCGCCACAGAACAGAAACGGGAUGACAAGCUAGAUCAGAAUACCCAUCUACGCAAGGCAUGGCGGGCCGCAGCCAAGAGAUAUGAUUCUGCGGAUGAUGUGACGAAAGCUCGUCUGCGCUUUGAGAGGUCAUGGCUGUAUACUCUUACCCUGGACUUCCUCAAUUUACUCUAUGCUGAGAAUCCCAAGAAAGAACAAAUAUCAUAUUGCGAGAGGUUCGUGGAGUUUCUAGUAGAUUUGCAGAGCUCGUUGCCCACGAGACGUUAUGUCAAUACUCUGCUGCAAGAUCUGCAUGUUCUCUCCGCAUUCGCAUUGUCACCUUUGUUCAAUGAUGAGGACAACGGGUUGUUGCGCGACCUUUACUCCCUGCUAUCUCAUUACACGUAUUUCACCAUCGACGACCAAACAGGGGCACAGCAGAGUAAGACCGAAGCAUACGACCGGCAUUGCGCCAGUCUCGCGAAUCUCCAGCGCACUGCCUUGAAACAUUUCAAGGACAAGCUGACUGUCCUCGCUUUAUCUAAUUAUGGAUCGAUCGACAAGAGGGAGGAACUAGCGAAUCUUCUUGAACCUCUUGCAGACGACGAGCUUGCUCAACUUUCCGGGUAUCUGGGGCUAAGAACCUCGUAUCCUGAGUCGACGAGUCUUUCAGUGGACCGUAGAUUCCUCAUAGAGGCGCUUCUCUCUACCUUCGAGAGACGAGACACUUUCCAGGAAACCGCUCAGAAGAUGAGCGUGCUACCUACUGAGGAAAGUCUCUUCGCCCCUGGUCUAUUAAGAACCGACCAUUACGAUGGGUCUCGCCCGCUGGCGCUGCCCAAGCUCAAUCUACAGUAUCUGUCGGUUGGUGAUUUUCUGUGGCGAGCUCUCGUGCUGUAUCGAUGCGAGUCAUUCUAUGGCAUCCGGCGGGAUAUCGAGGACGCAAUACGGCGCCUGAAACCCGAAUCACGACGGCCGGGCGAGACAAAUUUCUCUGCAACUGGUUCUUCAAGGAUGGCUCUGCCCAUCUCCAAGCCGACAAUCCUAGAGGUUGUGCCAGCCUUGGUCGGGGAUGACAAACCAUCAGCGGUUCGCGCGGAGAUCGUAAUCGACGUUCGUCGGCUUAGAGACAAUGUUCGUCGCGAAUGGGAAUCUCUCCGUCCCGAUGAUGUUGUUUUCCUACUUUCCAUUGAUGCUACCAAGUGCAAGAACUCCACCAACGGUGGCAGCCCUCUUCCAGAGGCACAAAGACUAGGUUUGGUUUCUGUGCGAACUGCUGAAAUUGUUCAAAUUUUGGAUGAUAAAGGCAAGCCCGUCAGGGAUUCAAACGCCUACUUUGAUGGACAGGGCCGAAAUGCUACGAGACGAUUACAAGUCAAACUGGAUUCGAGCACAUUCAAAGAAGAUGCGGACAGGGUUGCGUCAGGCAAGCCUGACGUGUACGACGGUAUUAAUGUCAUUCUGCGGAGAAGUGGUAGAGAGAAUAACUUCAAGCCGGUGUUAGAUUCCAUCAGGAGCUUGGCACUAUCAGAUGUGCCCCUAGCAUCCUGGCUACACGAAGUGUUCCUGGGCUAUGGCGAUCCAGCUGGUGCGACUUAUAAGCAGUUGCCCAACCGACUUAAGAGGGUGGAUUUCCGUGAUACCUUCUUGGAUUGGCAACACCUCAUCGAAAGCCUUCCUGGAAAGAUUAUUGAGCCAAGCGACGAUGCGUCUGGUAGCUUCGGUCCACCGUAUGUAUUGGAAACUGCAGAUCGCCCAGCUGAAGAGACAUCUUCCAAGCCUUCAAAGAAGAGGAGAAGGGAUGCAGAGCCAGCGCUUCUCGCAGAGGUAGAGACAUUGAAGGUCUCAACAUACAAGCCACCAAACAACGGCCCAUACCCUGUCGACGCUCCUAGACUUAACAACAUUCGCUUCACUCCUGCUCAAAUUGAAGCCAUUACAUCUGGAACACAGCCUGGACUGACGGUCAUUGUCGGGCCGCCAGGAACGGGUAAAACUGAUGUUGCCACACAAAUCAUCAACAACAUCUAUCAUAACUUCCCUGAGCAGAGAACAUUGCUUAUUGCGCACAGCAACCAAGCUCUCAAUCAGCUGUUUGCAAAGAUCAUUGCUCUAGAUAUUGACGAACGGCACCUGCUCCGCCUCGGCCAUGGAGAGGAAGACCUGGACACUGAAGCCAACUUCAGUAAACAUGGUCGUGUUGAGUCUUUCCUGGAGAAUCGGGAUCGUUACCUCCAGGAAGUUACCCGCCUUGCAGCUAGUAUUGGUGCUCCUGGUGCACACGGCAACUCGGCGGAAACCGCAGGAUACUUCAAUUCUGUAUACAUUGGGCCAGCCUGGGCCAAAUUCAGUGAGAUUGCGAGAUCAGAGGAUGCGUCUGCUGCUAAGAUUGUGGAGGCUUUUCCCUUCAAGUACUAUUUCGCAGACGCUCCGCAGCCCCUUUUCCCACCAGAAGCCGAUCGAGAGACCGUUCAGGAUAUUGCGGAGGGUUGCUACCGUCACAUAUCCAGAAUAUUCUCGGAACUAGCUGAUGCACUCCCAUUCGAAAUUCUACGACGUGAUCGAGAUAAGGCCAAUUACUUGCUCACGAACGAAGCUCGUAUCAUUGCCAUGACCUCAACACAUGCAGCAAUGAGACGGGGCGAAAUCGCCUCCUUGGGAUUCCACUAUGACAACGUGGUCAUGGAAGAGGCCGCUCAGAUCACAGAAAUUGAGAAUUUCAUCCCUCUGGCCAUGCAAAAACCUAAGGAUGGACAGAUGGCUCUGCAAAGGGUAGUUCUUUGUGGUGAUCACUUCCAGAACUCACCCGUAAUCCAGAGCCUUGCUUUCCGGCAUUUCGCGAACCUCGAGCAGUCUCUAUUUUCCAGGCUAGUACGGCUUGGAGUACCAACGAUUACCCUUGACCAACAAGGGCGGUCCCGUCCCUCAAUUGCGCAGCUGUAUGCAUGGCGAUACAACAGCCUGGGCAACCUGCCACACGUUGAGUCUAGUAAGGAGUAUUUGACUGCCAAUGCUGGAUUCAAGUACGACUAUCAGUUCAUCAAUGUGCCAGACUAUAAAGGCAAGGGCGAAACUGAGCCUACACCCCACUUCAUCCAGAAUCUCGGCGAAGCCGAGUAUGCCGUGGCCAUCUACCAGUACAUGCGUCUGCUUGGAUACCCGUCCUCAAAGAUUAGCAUACUUACGACAUACGCUGGCCAGAGAGCUCUCGUAAAGGAUGUACUGGCUCAUCGAUGUGCGAAGAACCCGAUAUUCGGUCUGCCUAAGAUUGUUACGACAGUGGAUAAAUAUCAGGGCGAGCAAAAUGACUAUAUUAUACUUUCGUUGACUCGGACAUCAAAGGUAGGCUACCUUCGCGAUAUUCGACGUCUCACAGUCGCCCUGUCGCGUGCUCGUCUUGGGCUUUACAUCUUGGGCCGGCGCGAUAUCUUUGAGGCGUGUUACGAGCUUCGAGAAGCCUUCUCCCUGCUAUUCCAGCGGCCUGAUAAGCUGAUGCUCGCUACCGGUGAGAUGUGGCCAUCAGAACGCAUUCUUGCCGAUGAGAUUGAUAGCGAGGUUCCGGGAGAAGCUGCUAUGGAUGGCGUGGAGCACUUGGGUCAGUUUGUCUUUGAGAUGACGAACACAAAGAUCAGUCAACUGCGAGCAGAACGUGGUCUUCCAGAGGAAGCGCCAAUUGUGCAGCAGAUAGAGCCGGCUGAGGGCGAUGACGUUGAGGAUGGGCUAGAGGCGAUUGAUGAGGAGAUCGAAAGCGACCACGAGGAGCUUGUUCGGGGCUUUGAAGCCGAAGAAGACGAGUAA